GCUCUUUUUGCUCUUUUUUAGUCUUCCAGCACUCAUCCCGGCUCUCCCUCAGACAAAAGCUUCGCUUUUGCCCUCUUGAGAGCCCCAAGCCUCUCUACAUUCCUUGCGCACGCUACAGCGGCAAGCCAACUUUGCGAGGGCCAAGAUUAUGUGCAGGGCGGCUGAGCGCGGGUUAGCUCGGUCCUUGAAGGAGCAGCAAGCCCAGCGCGCGCGUGCCAUGGCGGCGAAAAGGCGCACAUGCUCAGCGCUACUCAGCCUGCACGCCUUGCUGCUGCCAGCCCUAUGGCUACCGCAGGCUCGAAGCUGCUCUCAGGUGUUGAGCGCCGCCCGCGUGCCGCGUGCGUGCGCAGACUUAGACGGCUGCCUCUCGCUCGCUCGGCUCCGCUGUCCCGCACCACAAGCACUGCGACUGACGUCUGAUCUCGCUGCGCAAGACGCGGUCUUUGUGACCUCAGCAGCUCUCCUCGUAGCCAGCGAAGUGGUCCUAAACGCUGGCGGCCUGUGUGCGACGAGGCGACGCGUGUGCUCAGCCGCCAGCGGCGCCGAGCCGCAGUGGCAUUCAGCGACGUGAGGCCGCUGGUCCUCUUGCGUCACCUGAGGAGAGGCUGAAGCCUCAAAAGCUGGCUCUGACCGGCAGAGCUGCUCAAAGCAGCUGCUCUCACGCAUGGUUGACAGUUGCCGAUCGCUCGCGGCAUUGCACAGAACCGCC